CUUCUCGAACAACGACGAUGCUGGCCCGGUCCUUUGCCGCGAUCUCCAAGCGCACUUCGGUCGCGCGCCGCUGCUUCUCGGCCGAGGGCGGUCCGUACGAGCACCGCGCCGUGUCGGCCGAGACCCUCGCGACGCUCAAGGAGCUCUUUGGCGACCGCGUCUCGACCGCUGCCUCGGUGCGCGAGCACCACGGUACGGACGAGUCGUACCACGCGCCGUGCCCGCCCGACGUUGUCGUCUACGCCGACAGCACGGAAGAGGUCUCGACGAUUCUCAAGCUCUGCUCGGCGACCAAGACGCCGCUCAUCCCGUUUGGCGCUGGCUCGUCGCUCGAAGGCCACAUCUCGGCGCUCCACGGUGGCAUUGCACUCGACCUGACCAACAUGAAGUCGAUUCUCUCGGUCGAGCAAGAGAACAUGAGCUGCCGCGUCCAGUGCGGCGUCACGCGCCUCCAGCUCGAGUCGGAGCUCCGCGCGACGGGUCUCUUCUUCCCCGUGGACCCCGGUGCCGAUGCGACGCUCGGUGGCAUGGUCGCCACCAACGCGUCGGGCACGACGACGGUUCGCAUCGUUUGA